AUGAGUGCGGAUAACAAAGUAGCUGUGUCACCGGCUGGUCUACUUAAUCCUGAUGUGGUUCUACUCUCGCUACUCUUUGCUGGAUCGUUCUUGGGAGCCCGGUCAGCCUUUAACAGAUAUCUCAGGCAAUUGAAUAAAGUGGCAGAGAUCCCAUCAUCGGUAUUUCGAAAACGAUGGUUGUAUGGGAAGGUCACGUCAGUAGGUGAUGGUGAUAAUUUCCACUUCUUCCAUAUGCCAGGUGGACUGCUUGGUGGUUGGGGUUGGCUCAGGAAGGUACCGAAGCUUGAAAGAUUAGAAGGGAAGAGUGUUACAGAAUCCACUGAUAUGAUUCAAUCCCUCUACAGGAGAAGAUUAUGGCGUCUUUUCAAGACAGAAAGCUUGGAAUCAGCUUGGUCUAAUCACUACCUAAGCUUAAAAGUACCAUACAAGAACAGAAGAAACUUGUCAACGAUACCUGUUCGAUUCUGUGGAAUUGAUGCCCCAGAGAGAGCACAUUUUGGAAAUCCUGCUCAGCCGUUUAGUGAGGAGGCUCUAAAUUGGUUGAAAUAUACUGUUCUUUCUAAGGGCGUUUGGAUUAAGCCUUUAUCAGUCGACCAGUAUGGCCGGUGCGUUGCUAGAGUCGCUUAUUGGACGUGGACCGGGUAUAAGGACCUUAGUCUCGAGAUGGUUAAGAGGGGCUUAGCCGUCGUCUACGAAUCUAAGUCAUUUGCAGAAUUCGAUGGUAGGGAAAAAGCCUACAGAGUACAAGAAAGGAUCGCUAGAGCCCACAAACGAGGUCUGUGGUCUCAAAAGAAGGUCGAAACUCCCGGCGAGUAUAAGAAAAGUACAAGAUAG